GCAGUUUCAGUGGGAUUCACUAAAGCAAAAGGCUAUGGAACACCAAGCUACUGCUGGCUCUCUUUGGAAGGAGGGCUUCUCUAUGCCUUUGUGGGACCUGCUGCAGCUGUAGUAUUGGUUAACAUGGUUAUUGGGAUUCUCGUUUUUAACAAACUGGUGUCCAAAGAUGGCAUUACUGAUAUGAAACUAAAGGAAAGGGCGGGGGCCUCUCUGUGGAGCUCUUGUGUGGUUCUGCCACUCUUGGCCCUCACGUGGAUGUCGGCUGUACUGGCCAUCACCGACCGGCGCUCUGCACUCUUUCAGAUUCUUUUUGCUGUGUUUGAUUCAUUGGAAGGCUUCGUUAUAGUGAUGGUUCACUGCAUCCUGCGCAGAGAGGUUCAAGAAGCCGUGAAGUGUCGUGUUGUAGACCGGCAAGAAGACACCAAUGGAGAUUCUGGUGGAUCUUUCCAAAAUGGCCACGCCCAGCUCAUGACUGACUUUGACAAAGAUGUAGAUAUGGCCUGUAGAUCAGGAAACACAAAGCGCUCAUCCGUCCAGGGGGAAGAGAAAGCCUCCUCUGGAACCCUGACCCUUCAGAAGAGUUCUAACUUUAACACCAUGCCUGCCAGUAUGGCAAAGGUUCACCUCCAGAAUGUGGCUGACUACACCAGCCACACUUUGACUCUGCGCAGAGACAAAGGAACCACCAAGGGAAUCAGCACAGAGCUUCCAGGAGCUAAAUCAAUUUACAUAUGUGAUGGUGAGCUCUUCAAGCAGCUUGAUGGAGAUCUGCCCCGAGGGAACGGUGAAGGCAGUAGCUCUGAGGGCACUGGAAAAGGACCAGGGUAUGUCAUUCUACCAACAAACAACACAGGGACCUUGAAAAUGUCCAAGGGGAAGGAGGAUCAGACAACCAAGUACAGCAUUGGCAUUGAGCAGCUGCCUCAGACCAGACUAAUCCAUUUAGCUAACCCUGCUGGUGCAGAACCAGUUCCCGGCUUUGGUCUCAAAAGCCUUCCUACUGACCAGGUCAGCGUGUCCUGCUCUGACAGAGACUCACCUGCACACAACCUUCAGAAUGUGUCCAGAGACUCCCAUAAGGCUAACAACUUGGGCGAUGUGGGCGAGUCUGGAAACGCUGGUGUAAUCUCCAAGAGUGAAACUGUCUCCACACUGUCAAUGAGCUCACUAGAGAGACGAAAAUCACGCUAUGCAGAGCUUGACUUUGAGAAAAUAAUGCAUACCCGGAAACGGCACCAGGACAUGUUUCAGGACCUGAACAGGAAGAUUCACAAUGCAGACAAGGACAGAGAGUCUUCAACUGUUGAUGCCAAAGCUGCUAAAAGAUGGAGUGUGUCCUCUACCAGCAGUGACAAGAGCAACACGAGU